AUGGAUUCUGCCUCCGAGAUUUGGAAUGAUCUCCUCCAACGCUUUUCUCACGGUGAUAAGUUCCGUAUCGCUGAUCUUCAAGAGGCUUUUCAAUCUUGCAAACAAGGUGACUCCAACAUUCAACAAGAACAAAAUGAUGAUUCUGUCAUCAAGUUUCUUCGUGGCUUAAAUGAUGAAUUUUCCCAAGUCCGUUCUCAAAUUAUGCUUAUGGAACCUAUGCCGACUCUCCCUAAAACCUUCUCCUUGGUCCUUCAACAAGAACGGGAGUUUCAUCAUUCUUCAUCAUCAACUCCUCAUGAUUCCAUGGCCAACGCUCAUUUUCAGGAUUCUCAGAACAAGACUUUUCCCAGUUCUCGUGGUGUUUUCUCUGGUCGUGGACGAGGACAUACCACAAAAUUUGGUGGUCGUGCUAAAUACUGCGAUCAUUGCAAACAAACUAAUCACACUUCUGACAACUGCUGGAUCAAGUAUGGCCUUCCUCAAGGCUAUAAACCAAACAUCAAAACGGAUUCUGCUCAAUCUAAUCCUUCUGCCCACCUGACUGAUGGCGUUUCUAUCCCUCUCACUGACUCCCCUGCUGAUGCCACCCAAAUCCAACGCAAUUUCACUCAAGAACAGUAUGACGCCAUUCUUGGAUUGCUGAGACAUUCUCAACCUCAUACUCCCAGGAUGGCUAGUGUCAAUCAAUGUACUCCACAUUCAUCAGAUAGACAUUUACCAGACGAUUGGAGUAGCUAA